AUGGUAAAAAAUACUGCUAACACUUCCAGCAAAUUCCGACACGAGAACAUAUGUGAACUGAUGGGAGUGUGUUUCGAUGCAACGCCGCGUUUAAUUAUUCUCGAGCUGCUUGCUGGCGGAGACCUCAAAUCAUUUCUUCGCGAAUCUAGACCUCGAAACACUAGCGACCAGCGAAUUCAAAUGGUUGACCUGCUGGAUAUGGCGCAUGAUGUUGCCAAAGGAUGCAAAUUUUUGGCUGAUAAUCGUUUUAUUCAUCGCGACAUCGCUGCACGAAAUUGUCUACUGACCAAAAAAGAAACCGGUCGCAUUGUGAAAAUAGCCGAUUUUGGCAUGGCCAGGGAUAUCUAUAGGUUCGCAAGAUUAUUAUCGAAAAGGUGGUAA